AUGCAACGGCGGAUGCUCAGCAGAGAAGACGAGGAGGCUGCGGGCCCCGAGGCCGAGGUCCGCCGCGAGGACCAGGAAAAGAUCAACAAGUUCAGCCGGCUGCACCAGCGCGAGCUGAACCUGGAGGAGCAGCUCAAGGCGAAGAACAAGGCCAAGGAGGAGCUGGACGACAUCAGCACAGAGCUGGAGCUGGUCGACGAGGACGACAAGGUGCCGUACAAGGUCGGCGACGCCUUUUUCCAGGUCAAGGCGGCAAAAGCGCUCAAGAUGGUCGAGGCGUCCUCGACCAAGAUGGAGGAGGAGAUUGGGUCGCUGGAGGAGUCAUUGAGCUCGGUGCGGGAGGAUAUGACACAGCUCAAGGUGGACCUGUAUGCACGGUUUGGCCGGAGCAUCAACCUGGAGACGUGA